CUUUAAUAAAAAGUUUUAUUUAGUGAGAUUAAGACUUAUUUAAUGGCUUGUGACUUGUCAAUAGUCAUUGGAAUUUAAAUACACCGCCAUUACGUAUUAGUACAAUCUGCAUGAAAAAGACUUAAGUAAUUUUCAUAUACAAUUAAGUACAUUCCGAUAUAUAUUGAAUAUUUGACAGAAAGUAAAUUUUGUCGCGUAAAUGGAAGGAAAUAUUUGAUUGUAGGAAACAGUCAAUAUAACAUUGUUACACUUGUUGCUGAUCUGAGAAAUGUUAUCAAAAUUAGAAAUGAAGUCGAAGGAAGCAGAAAUACUGAUGUCAUCCAAAUAUUGGAUUCCUUAAUUAAGGAAAAUUCAAUUCAAGAAACAAUAGACCUCCUGCCUAAUGACACUAUUUUGAUGCUGUUAAGGGAUAAAUCUAAAGACAUUAUCGCACAAACAGCAAAAGCUAUUGCAGAAAUGACUAAAACUGAGAAGGGAAGGAAACAAUGUACAAAUACAGACAUAGUAGAAACAUUAAUAGAAUUAUUGAAAGAAGACAAUAUCGGUAUAUUGAUACAGGCUUCCAGAGCACUUGGGAAUAUAUGUUAUGAAAAUAAAAAUGGAAAAAUUAUGAUUAAAAAAAAAGAUGGUUUAAAAUAUAUUUUACAAAUGUUAAAAAGAGCUACAGAUUUGAAAGAUAUAGAAAAUGCCAAUAUAUUAAGAAGGGUGACAAGUGGAUUACUAUUGAAUUUUCUUGUGGAUCAAGAGUCCUUGCAACAACAGGCAUUGGAGGAGAACAUUAUUCAAGUUCUUUGUGACAUACUAGAAAUCGAUGGUGCUACUGCAGAAGAAACAGUCACACAUAUUUUAUUGACAUUAGGUGUAUUAAAUGAUGCCAAUGUGACAUUUUUGGAUGAAAAAUUAACUAAAGCUGUAGUAAACAUAUUAAGUAAUAGUACAUCUCUGGAAAUCUCUGAAAUGUGUUUAGAACUUCUUUAUGAUCAAGCUGAUGAUGAGGAAGUUAAACUGUUACUUACAAAGGCAAACAUUCCUGAAUUACUUUUAAAGCUUAUAGAAACUUAUGGACCACAAUGUACAAGUGAAGAGACAAGAUCUGUUCUAAAGGUUGCAUGUAAUUUAAUUGUUUUGAUCCUAACUGGAGAUAAUAGUAUGAAUAUAUUAUAUAAUAAUGGUAAAGGCACAGUUUACAAUAAUUUUGUCAAAUGGUUAGAUAGCAAUGACGAAGAUUUUCAAAUAACAGCUGUAUUAGCUAUGGGAAAUUUUGCACGAACACAUACUCAUUGUAAGCUGAUGGUAGAACAGGAUAUCCAUAAGAAGUUAUUACAAUUAAUUCAGAAAAAUGAUAGCAAAAAUAGUGAUAUCAGAUUUCAGCAUGCCUUACUGAGUGCUCUUCAUAAUCUUGUUAUUCCUGUUGAUAAUAAAUCUAUUAUAUUAAAGGAUGGUUUAAUUGACAUUCUCUAUCCUAUGUUGGAUAUACCAACUUUUCCAAUAGUAUUCAAAUUAUUGGGAACUCUGAGAAUUGUAAUCGAUGGACAAAAGGAAGCUGCUGUAUCUUUAGGGAAAAAAGAAGAUCUUAUUAAAAGAGCUGUGGUAUGGUGUGGUAUAGACGAUCACCCAGGAGUACAAGGUGAAGCAAAUCGUUUACUUGCAUGGCUAAUUAAUAAUAGCAGAGAUAAAAGUGUUGCUCUAGUAAUUAUAAAAUAUGGUGGUACUCAAUAUCUAGUAAAAAUGAUAUUAGCAGAACACGCUUUAAUGCAAAAUGAAGCCAUUUUAAGUUUAACAUAUUUAGCUACUAUCUGUCCAAUACAAUUUAAAAAUGCUCUUAUUGAAAAUAACAUUGGUCAUGUCAUAUGCAGAUUUUUUCAAGAAAAUGCUUCUAAUUUAGAAUUACCCAUUAUUUAUAAUAUGUUAUCUUUUAUAGAUAGCAUAAUUAAGUCAGAUGUUAUUAAACAGCAUCUAAACAAUACUACAGGAUUAAUAACAGCGUUGAAGAGUGUCCUUGAUUACAAAAAUGUUGACUCUACUUUAAAAGAAAAAAUUAAUAUUAUAUUUAAUACUUUUGAUUCUUCUUAAAAUUAAUAAAAUUUCGAAUAUAAUUAUUAAAUACAAAACAAGCGCUAUUUAAACUAUAUAAUUGACCAGAGUAAAACAAAUCAGUGAAAAAAAAUAUUAAAAUCUGUACAAUUUUUUUUAACUAU